GAGGCCAUGGAGCACAGCCACAUCUUCCCUGUUUUUCCCCCAAAUGGGAGCACCUGGAGCCCGGGGCAGCCCCCCUCUGGGGUGGCCCAGGGAUGCCCUCUCGGACCGCUGCCUGUCAUCUACUACAGUGUCCUGCUCUGUCUGGGCCUACCAGCUAACAUCCUGACAGUGGUCAUCCUGUCCCAGCUGGUGCUGCGUCGUCAGAAGUCCUCCUACAACUAUCUCCUGGCUCUGGCGGCUGCCGACAUCCUAGUCCUGCUCCUGAUUGUUUUUGUCGACUUCAUCCUGGAGGAUUUUAUCUUGGCCACACCGCUGCCGCCAUCAUUAAACAAUGCCGUGCAGGUCCUGGAGUUCUCCUCCAUUCACACCUCCAUCUGGAUCACCGUGCCUCUGACCAUCGACCGCUACAUCGCUGUUUGCCACCCGCUGCGCUACCACACGGUCUCCUACCCAGCCCGCACACGAAGGGUGAUAUUCGCCGUAUAUAUUGGGUGCUUGUUGUCUGCAGCUCCUUAUUACUGGUGGCCUGAGCUAUGGCACAGCCUGCCAGGAAUGGGCAGUGGUGGUGUAGGAGGAGGAGGAGGUGAAGGAGGAGGAGAGAGCAACAGGAGAACCGUGGCCCAGCAUGUCCUGGUGUGGGCCCACUGUGCCACCGUCUACCUCCUUCCCUGCACCGUCUUCUUCUCCCUUAACGCUGUCAUUGUGCGCAAGCUACGCAGACGGCGCAACUGUUUCCGUCUCCGUGGCUACUCUACCGGCAAGACCACCGCCAUCCUCCUCGCCAUUACUUCCAUUUUCGCUGUGUUGUGGGCACCACGCACCCUCAUGAUCCUCUACCACUUCUACUCCCCUCCUCCAGCCUCACAAGGUGCCGGCCGACUGCUCCAUAUGCUCACCGAUCUGGCGAACAUGCUUGCGUUGCUCAACACCGGUGUCAACUUUUUCCUCUACUGCUUUAUCAGCAAGCGUUUCCGGGGCAUGGCGGCCAACGUUCUGCGAGCACUUGUCCACUGCCGCAAGCAGCCACCGCCUUUCUAUGCCAGCCACAACUUCUCCAUCACAAGCAGUCCCUGGAUCUCACCAGCCAACUCCCACUGCAUCAAGAUGUUUGUGUACCAGUAUGACAAAAAUGGGAAGCCCAUUUGCAUUUCGUCAUGAGUCUUCAGCCACCAGCAGCUGCCCCCACCGUUAGUCCUGGGGAAACAUAUUUUGGGAUUUGUCUCUAUGGCGACUGAAAAUGUCAACACGCCUGGAGAGCACAGAGGUUACGGUUUAGCUAGCUUUGAGGAAUAACAAAGUGAUAGUCUUGCAAGGUGGAAGAGCAAACAGCAGAUGCGUACUUAGCAGGCCUGUCGUGUUCAAUUAGCCAUUCACAAAGCAGCAACCAGCAUCAGAUAGAUGUUUGCUGUUUCCUCCAUGCAAAAAAAAAUAAAGCUACAGUAAAGGACUGACUUCAGCGAGCGACUGUUAGAAGCAUAACACCGCCAUCCAUCACUGACUUUUAUGAGACACUGUAACAGCGCUUGAGUAUAAACUGACAACUGGCUGAAUCCUUGGUGAAGCAUCAAAUGGCUAGUGACAUUGGUUUCUUUAUGGACGCUCUCUGUUGUGCACUGGUGACGGUGACGCUCUUCCAACAGCUGCGUCUUUGGUCCGUUGGGAGUCAUCUCAGCAAAGCAGCGAUCCAGUCAGAGUGCGGACAUGACAGCAUCGCACCUCAAGGGGUGAUUCACUCAGGAGAAGCCUACGACAAUGUGUCCACUUGUGCAUCGUUACGACCAUCUC